AUAUGAAAAACGAGGUGGCUGAGGAUUGCAGCCUCGACUCCAUCCCUCAAUUUUUCCAUUUACAUAACUUCAAAGUCGUGCAAAACUAUUGUUGAUGAUUACUCAAUCCGGACUUGCCUUUUGAGUUACACAUUGUUAAUUUUGUUAGCAAAAAUUUUAUCAUGCACAUAUCACAAUUUUUCAACAUUGUGCAAUCAAUUCUUGAAAGUUCUGAAAUUUCGGAGUUAUGCAAUAUGAUAUAAACCUCUAUUCUUUCACGAGUCAUAGUUAUGAUUAUUUUUAGGACCGUGCGAUUUUCAUUCCGAAUUUUGUUUUUCACAAGUCCCUUUACAUCGUUUUUCUUCUGAUCAUAUUACAUCCGCUAUCCCUCCUUUCGUUCGAUUGCUUGCUUUUCUUUUCUUGCAAGUCUCACGUUGUUCGUUCUUUGCUAUUAUUGUAAUGACAUAAAGUACUUUUUAAAUUUUGACUCAAUAUAUAAUUUGAAUGUGAUUUCUGGACUUUAUCCUAGAGUUGAUUUUCCUUGCUUUGUUGUCUCCCCUUUCAGCUCAUGCUGACCAGCCAUUUGUACCCCAUUCCUCUUCGUCUUGCUCUGUUUUCGAGCUUUCGUCCACCCUUUCCUUUCCUUGCUGACCAUCUGAGGGAAGACGAAGAGCUGGGUUCUCUCUUCUCUAAAGAAGAGUCGCAGGACGUGCAUUCGAACCUGCAAUAAUGUCUCUCCUCGUUGAUUUUUGCCCCGAAAAUGUCUGUCUUCCAGCUGUUCGAUAAAAUGCCUCUUAGAAAAGUGUCAUUGGGUUAGCUUGUUCGGUUGCUCUAUUUGCUUUCGUUAUAUUUAUCUUUCAGGACGGGGACAGUAACUUCGUCUUCGAGGGAAAACCACACGGAGGAUGCCUUUGUCCGGCGGCGCCAGAACGACGGGGAAGAAGGUUCGGGCACGGGUUCUUCCGUCGGGUUCCCGCCGAACGACGGCACGGCGGACUCUGGAAUCUCGCCGGCGAGCUUGUUGUGGGAUUCAGUCGAGAGUAGGUGACGAGAGCCUGACGUCAGCACGCGCGCCUUUUUGUAGACCCGUUGACUUUUCACCGCCGGCAGCUUCCUUGUCGCGUCGGUUCAGUGGAGGAAGAGAGCGAGCGAGCGAGCGAGCUCUCGGACCGUUUCUUCUUCGCGCUCUCUUCUCGCAUCGACCUCGAGAUGGGCGGCUGCGGCGUCGGCGGCGGCGAUGGCGUCGGCAGCGGUGAGGAGGAUCAAGCUGGGGUCGCAGGGCCUGGAGGUCUCGGCGCAGGGGCUGGGCUGCGCGCGCAUGUCCCCCUUCUCCGGCCCCCCCAAGCCCGACCCUGACAUGAUCGCGCUCAUCCGCCACGCCGUCGGCUCCGGCGUCACUUUCCUCGACACCGCCGACAUCUACGGCUUUAGUGCCAACGAAGUCCUCAUCGGAAAGGCACUGAAGGGAGGGGUGAGAGAGAAGGUGGAAUUGGCGACCAAGUUCGGGCGCUGCUAUGCAGAUGGAAAGUGGGAUGUCUGGGGCGAUCCAGUGUACGUGAGGGCGGCCUGCGAGGACAGCUUGAAGCGUCUCGACAUCGAUUGCAUCAACCUCUACUACCAACACCGUAUCGACACUCGCAUCCCCAUCGAAGUCACUAUUGGGGAGCUAAAGAAACUCGUUGAAGAGGGCAAAAUCAAGUACAUUGGCUUAUCCGAGGCCUCUGCAUCAACAAUUAGAAGAGCACAUGCUGUUCAUCCCAUCACAGCGGUGCAAUUGGAGUGGUCACUGUGGUCAAGAGAUGUGGAGGUGGAGAUCAUUCCUACAUGCAGGGAGCUUGGCAUUGGAAUUGUUGCGUACAGUCCUUUAGGACGAGGAUUCUUUUCUGUCAGUUCCAAGUUAUUGGAGAAUUUGUCUGAGGAUGACUUUAGACAGAAACUACCGAGGUUCCAGCCAGAGAACUUGGCUCACAACGCGAAGUUAUUUGACCGAGUGAAUGAAAUUGCGCAAAGAAAGGGAUGCACCCCAUCGCAGUUAGCCCUUGCCUGGGUACACCACCAGGGCAAUGGCGUCUGCCCAAUUCCCGGCACAACCAAGAUCGAGAAUUUCAAUCCGAACAUCAGAGCUCUAUCGGUGAAGCUUUCUUCAGAAGACAUGGCUGAGCUUGAAUCGAUUGCUUCCGCGGACAAUGUCAAGGGCAGCAGGUAUGAUAGCAGCAUCUCUACAUGGGAAAACUCCGAUACUCCACCCCUUUCUUCAUGGAGCGCUGCUUAGAAAGCACGUCUCCUUCUGUCUCCGCAUCUUUGAUAUGCAGAGUUUGAGCAUUCGCUGCAGAAGUAAUUUGAGGCUAUGUGGUGCGGCCGUCAUAAGCAUGUGUACGAAGAGAGUACUUAUUAUCCUGUUAGUAAAAUCUGAACUGCAGAGCGUAAACGUUAUCAUUUUGUAUACGCAACGUUCAUUGGGAGAAGAUCAUAAUAAGCUUACUGGGAAAUGAUCACUCAAGAAAGAUGGACCGAUGGCUCUCCAUAAGGCUUUGUCUUCGGGUCGGGAUCGGAGUUAUAGAAAAGUAGAAUGUGAAGCAAUGCUGAUGGACCCCGACUACCUAGAUCGCCGGCACGUGUCACUCCAUGUUGCUUCUCUUGAAAGUUGUCGAAGCCUCCUGAGGCACAAUUGGGUGAGCCUCUCUCUCUCUCUCUCUCUCUCUCUCUCUCUCUAAUAGUAAAGAAAGAGAGGCCAAGAGGCUUUCAGCCUCACACUCAAACUCCGUUUGUUUUGCCAAAAAUAAAUAAUUUGGAAAAUAUUUUCUUAAAUAUGGUCACCAUAUUAUUUAUAAAAUGGUUAAUAUUAUGAAAAACUCUAAACUGGAUAAAUUUAUGCCCGUACUAUUGAAAUGGUUCAUCAAUAGAGAUGUUCCCACAGGUGCCCCUUCUUCCAAUGGAACUAUAAUUCCUAUUCCUAUCCUUUCAUUCCCUCUUUUGGUCUAAAACUCUAAAUUGGAUAAAUUUAUGCCAAAUUAAUUUUUGAGUCCACAAAAAUCAUAAUUUGUGCAAAUGUGACAAAUUACCUUAAAUUAAUUUUUGGACCAUCAAAAAUCCUAAACUGAUAUAUUUGUGACAAUUUUUUCCUAAAUUGAUAUGGAUUUCUGUUUGAACUUGUUAUAUCAAUUGAGUUAUUGUCAAUAUUCAUCAAACUCAGUAAUUUCACAGUAAAAUUUAAUAGAAACUACUUGAUUAUAAAUAUGUUAUGGAUAUACUAGUUCAGGGUUUUUAAUGACCCAAAAAUUAGUUUAGGAUAAAUUUAUCACAUGUGUAUCGGUUUGGGGUUUUGGUGAUCAAAAACCUAAUUU